CACAGAAGAAAAACGAAACAAAACGCAGUACAAGAUGGCUGCGUUUGGGUGUUGUGGCUACUGAUUUGUGUAAGAUUAUUCUGUAGUGCUCGAUGGUUAAUUAGUAGUGAAUCUUAAAAUAUUUAUUGGCUAUUCAUCGGUGUGAAUCGCAGUUGUGUAUAACGCUUACGUGUGGAAGGAAGUUGCGUUAGGGGAAACAAUGCAAGCACGUCGUUGAAACAUUAAUCACGGUUCAGGGGGUGGAUGAUAGGAAUUUACUGAAAAUCCAAGAUAGAAGCCACUUGAAACACUGGAGAAAGACGGUGGAGCUUCGGAGGAGGAGGAGAUGUCUGCCGGCACCCAGGGCGAGAUUCGGGUUGGCCCUUCGCACCAGGAAUUGGUUUCUUGUCAGGCCCGUUUGCCUGAGUAUCGGCCGGGUAUACCUCCUGGAGAGCUGCUUCCUGAUCCAGAGUUUUCUAAAGAACGAGAGGAGCUAAGAUGGAUUCCAGCUAUGGCAUUGGACGGGGAUCUUCUGAUGUACUUAAGGGCAGCUCGAUCUAUGGCUGCGUUUGCUGGUAUGUGUGAUGGAGGAUCCCCGGAUGACGGUUGUGUGGCUGCUUCCCGUGACGACACGACUAUCAAUGCUCUGGAUAUCUUGCACGACUCUGGCUAUGAUCCAGGAAGAGCAUUGCAAGCUUUGGUUAAAUGUCCUGUACCUAAAGGCAUCGAUAAAAAGUGGUCUGAGGAGGAAACUAAACGCUUCGUCAAAGGACUUCGGCAAUUUGGAAAAAAUUUCUCAAGAAUCAGAAAGGAUCUCUUACCUCAUAAAGACACGCCGGAAUUGGUUGAAUUCUACUAUUUAUGGAAGAAAACACCAGGAGCGAAUAAUAACCGACCUCAUCGAAGAAGACGACAGGGUUCGCUUAGGAGAAUUCGUAACACGCGAAACUCGCGUGCUGGCACUCCCAAAGAAGAGGUGCCAACUCCACCCAAAGAUACUCCACCAGCUAACGUCAAUCAGAAGGAGCCUGUCUCAGAACCGGAAACUGUACCUGUUGGGACACCUGCGAGCAAUAAUCCUGGUGGGGAAAUUAGUUCCGUAACAGAAGACGAUAACUCGGAAGAGGAUAGUGAUUCCAGAGACACAAACACUAACGGAGCAACGCAUUCGUGUCAACAUUGUUUUUCGACUAAUUCGAAGGAUUAUCAGGUAGCUGGCAAGGACAGGUUAUUGCUUUGUACGGAAUGCAGGACACAUUUGAAGAAGACCGGAGAACUACCGCCUGCGCCACCAUAUCUGUUCCGCCCUGUGCCUGCGGAAUCACCAGAUAGCCCAGGGAGAAUGCGUACAAGAAACAAGGCUAAGGAAACGCCUAGACCUGCAAGACCACGACGUACAGGAGGAACGGAUACUCCUGAUCAGGAAAAACAGCAGCAACAGCAACAGACGCCAGACAAGAAUAAGAAAAAAUCUAGUAAGCCAGAGACGCCGAAGAAAGGUCAAAAACGACCUCAGACGGAUGAAGUGGACGAGGACAAGGAGUCUCAGAAGCGAAAACGUCCUGGUGAACGUCCUGAGAGUCCCUCGGAGUCUCUCACGACCGAUAGCAACUCUCUCAUGGAUGAACCUGAAAGGGAAGGAGAAGGUGAUACGAAUGAAAAUCAACCUACUCCUGUUACAGUGCCAACUGAAGAGCCUGUUAGUCCAGCAGUAACCACACCGGAAGAGCCUUCUGAACCAACUCCAGUUUCUACCCCCAUACCAACGCCUAUACAGACUUUACCAAUUUCUGUUCCUGUUAUCCACACUUUGGAAAAGAAACCGUUAUUGGAAGAAUCAGUAGAAACGAAGGAUCAAAUAGAAGAUGUUCCUUUAGCUAUGAAUCAGCCAUUAAAGUUGGAACCUAUGCCAAUAGAACCAGCCAUGUCACCAUCUAACGAAGAUAUGAAGGAGCCCGAACAGCAGCUGAAUUUGACCACGUCGCAGUCGUUAAAUAUGAACGAUAUGAGUCAAAAUAUGCCACGUAAUUUGUCACAGUCGAUGCAGAACAGUGGUAUUUGUGCUUCGACUGGUUCGCAGGGCAUGCAGAACUCGCAGAUCAUGUCUCCAACGCACCAAGGACUGCCACUUAAUAUGCAGUACACACCCAAUGUUCCUCCUGUUCAGAAUGUGCCGCAAAACUUAUCACAGAGUAUGCAGAUGCCGCCGAACAUACCGCAGAAUAUGUCAAAUGCGCAAAACAUGGGACCAACGCAAAACCUUCGAGCACACGGUGAGAACCUGUCAAGUACGCAAAAUAUGCCUCAAAGCAUACCGGGACCACCAUUGAACCUCAAUAUCUCGCAAAGCAUACCAACGAACAUGACGCAGAUGCCUCAGAUGCCGAGUUCGCCACAACCACUUGGCUUAACCGUCAUGUCUUCUGAAAACAGAAUGUCCGAAAGAAUUUCCGACGACAGACUACCUCCGGAACGGAUUAGAGAUAGUAGGAUACCUGAUAGAAUACCAGAGAGGAUACCAGAAAGACCAGAAAAUAACGAGCCUGAGAGGAACGAAUCAAAUAAUCUGUUCCAACCCAUUCAGUCAAGUGGAAUGUUAUCCAUGGAGAAACCGUCGCCGAUGUACAAUUUAGCUGGAACGCCACCGAUGGAGCCUCAAAAUUUGAAGAUCAAGCAAGAGAUUAUUCCUCCUGAGCCAGAUCCGCUUCAAAGUUUAAAGGAAGUCAAAGUUCCUGGUUUUCAGUCUGGUUUUCCUGGUCCGAGUUUGGAGAAUAUUAAAAAAGAUCCAGAUAGUUCCAGCAAACCACCAACACCUAGCAAGCACUCCAUACCAAGCAGUCAGCCUGUUCCUCAAAUACAAUCUGUGGCAGCUUCCCCAACGCCGACUCUUCCACCACCACCUACGUCUAUUCCACAGCCUGUGAUGCAUCCAGCCCAGCAACCAAGUCCUCAUAUGGCUCAUCCAUUCCACCCACACCAUCCCUUGAUGCAUCACUCAUUAUUUACCGCCAUGCAUCCAUAUCAUCCUCAUGCUUACCCAGGUUAUGCUCCAGUUGGUGCUUAUCCCUCGUUUCCACCAUAUCCUUACGGUGUUCCCCAUGCAAUCCCUCCUCCAUCCCCACAAAGGAGUCAAGAAAGUACAACUAUGAUGACGGCACAUCAUUCAAGCACGAGUUCCAGUGUGACAACGAGAGAAGAAGGAGAGAAUCUCAUCGCGACGCAUCAUCACUCUUCUACAAUGCAUCAAGCCACGGCUCUGCAUCACGACAAACUGUUGACCAUCUCCUCUCACAGUUCUCAUAGUCACUCUUCGUCCCAUAGUUCACAUAAUACUCAACGUAAACCAUCGCUAGUUCCAACCACAUGUCUGACAUCCAGUAGCUCAGCGCAUCAUCACCAUAGACCGCCGCAAUCUCAGCCUCCAGUCGCUCCUGAACCUAAAAUAGAACCUGACCUCGUAGAACAAGAACAAGAAGAACCCCCAAGCCCACGAGGCCCAUCUCCAGAGCCUCGAAUUGAAGAUUCUGAAUGCCACAGAUCACAAUCCGCCAUAUUUCUACGACAUUGGAACCGAGGCGAGAACAACUCUUGCACUAGAACAGAUCUAAUGUUCAAACCUGUCCCAGAUUCAAAGUUAGCAAGAAAGAGAGAGGAAAGAUCGCGGAAGCAAGCUGAGAGGGAAAGAGAAGAACGUGAUAGAGCUGCGGCGCAGCAAGCUAGGAAAAUGACCACGCCUGAGAAGCAGCCAGAAACAUGUAAGCCGCCUAGUCGUGGGCCUCUUGAGCCUGUCGUGUCUCCGUAUGACAGAUAUGCUGCAAGACCGGGAUCCUACGCUGAUACUCCUGCUUUGAGACAGUUGUCCGAGUACGCUCGACCACACGCUGCAUUUUCACCUGCUAGACAUCCUGCGCCACCAGAUCCGAUGUUACAUUACAUGUAUAGUCCUGCUGCUCGAGAACGCUUAGAACUAGAACAUUUAGAACGUGAGAAGAGAGAGCGAGAAAUAAGAGAAUUACGCGAACGAGAAUUAAACGAUCGAUUAAAAGAGGAGCUUCUGAAGGGAACGCCUAGACCUAUGCCAGCGCCAGUGGAUCCACAUUGGUUGGAAAUUCAUCGACGUUACGCGGCCGCUGGACUCGCUCCUGGACCGUCAGGACCUCCUCAGGCUCUCCACCAAUUCAGUCUUUAUGGAGCACCGCCUGGGCCCAGUCAGUUGGAAAGAGAACGUUUAGAAAGACUAGGGAUACCGACUGCAGCCGGCGGGGGGCCAGCGGGUGCAGGGGCUGGCCAUCCCGUAGCGGCUCAUCACCACGGCCAGCUGGACGAGCGACUGGCUCUAGCUGCUGACCCGAUGGUCCGGUUGCAGAUGGCUGGCAUUUCGCCCGAGUAUCAUGCUCACACUCACGCGCAUACGCAUGCGCAUACGCACUUACACUUACAUCCGGGACAGCAGCAGGCCCAGCAACAGGCUCAGCAACAGCAGGAAGCGGCUGCGGCUGCAGCUGGAUUCCCCCUGCCUGCGGCAGCUGGUGCAAAUUAUCCUCGACCAGGCUUAAUGCCCCGUGACCCAGCACUGGCUCUUCAUCCCGCGGAACUUCUUGGAAGACCGUACGCGGAUAUGGCGGCGCAUCACGAGCAAUUACAACGUCAUCUAAUGAUGGAACGCGAUCGAUUCCCUCCUCAUGCAUCGCUUGUUGCACAUCACGAGGAAUAUCUAAGACAACAGCGCGAGCGUGAGCUUAAAGUUCGCGCACUGGAAGAAGCUGCACGUGGAUCACGCCCUUAAGUGUAAUUGUAUUUAUAUAUUCUAAUGAUUAUCCUUUAUAAUUAGGGACGCGACGGUCCUCGUUAGAAACAAUUAACGAGUACUCGUCAGGCGGUGAUCGAGCACAAGACGUCAUGCUUUGCAAUUGACAAAAAAAGAGAUAAGAAAAAAGGUGCAAGGAUAAACAAAAAAAA